UUGCCACGAGAUCUAUUUUUCCUGGCGGCAGCUCCUGGUUACUUACCUCAUAACCUCCGAUGACGUUUAUGGCGCCAGAAAUCAAGGGUUUAGUGAGGAGAUGGUGUGUGUGUGUCAGCUGGUGGACACUUACCGUUAUCUGUGUUAUGUUGGCGGUAACGUAAGCGUGGGACAUUUUAAGGCAGUGUAGCGGCUGAUUAUCCGUCGUUCGCGCUGGUAUAAGGUCGGUUUGAAGUCAAGAUGGUGAUGCUACGCAGCAGCGGCAGUGUCGGAGCUGAGCCGGUGGCAACAACUCCGAAGAGGAGGUCAAUGGAGUUGGAUACAAGCUCCGAGUUUCUGUCGUUGCUUCCCGCGUCGCAGAGAAAGUCCGCCCGGGUGACCCGGUCCUCCCGGGCCCUGGAUGACAGCUUCAGCAGCCCCGACAACAACACGGCGAAUGGACAUAGUGAUAUGAAGCAGGAUGAGGGAAGUGGUCUCCAUCACUCUCUGCGGACCAGAGGACAGAGAGUUAAACUAGAGGUUUCCUUUGCUGACAUGGAGCAAAAGACGAGCUUGCCUGUAAAUGAAGACAAAGCUGGAGGCUGCUCCACCAGGAAAUCUUCCAGGCUGCAGAGAGAGGGAAAAGCAUCCAGCGGCAAACAGCAAGCAGAUGUUCCAGAUGAGGUGGAGGGGUCGUCCACUCCCAAAAGGAGCCGCUUUAACCUACAGAGCCGAGAAGUGGAUGAGGAGGAGGAAGAGGAGGAGGAUCGCUCAGUGCGACGUAGCUCCCGAAUAACCAGAUACAAACUGGAUUCGCGCAACCAGUCAGUGCUCUAUGACCGCCUCAUCACCAACACUGCUGAAGCUGUCCUCCAGAAGAUGGACGACAUGCAGAAGAUGAGACGCAGACUGAGGAGCAGAGAUAGAGACACUAAAGAAGAGCUGGGUGUUUACACCAGGGGCCAGAUGCGAAGGUCUCUAAGGACGAAUGUGGAGAGUAAAGACACUGAGGAGGAGAACCAAGGAGGGGAUGAGGAUGAUCACGAUGAAGAGGAGGAGGAAGACAGAGAAGAUGAUGAGGAGGAGGAAGAAGAUGAUGAUGAUGAUGAAGAUGGCGAAGAUGAGGAAGAAGAAAACCAGAGACGCUAUGACUUCAGACAGCGAAAGACCGUGGUUCGCUACCAGGCCCCACAGGAAGAACCCAGGGAGCCCAGGAAACGCAGCAUGUACUUCAAGGACCACUCGUCUCCUACUAGACGCAGGUUCAGAUUCAGCUCCACGGCCCCCAGGAGCCCCUACAACAGGAGAAGAACCAGUCGGAGUAGUUCUGAGAGAAGGAGACAUGCCAUCCACAGUAGUGACUCCACUUCCUCAUCUUCAGACGACGAGAAAUUCCAGAGACGGAGGAGUAAGAACAGGAGCCGGUCAGUCAAUAGAUGUCUACCCAUGAACCUUGUGAAGGAAGACCUGCUGGGAAUCCACAAGGACAGGACAAAGAUUGGAGCCAGCCUUGCUGAUGUGGACCCCAUGCAAAUAGACAGGACGGUACGCUUUGACAGCAUUGGAGGUUUGAGUAGACACAUCUCAGCGCUGAAGGAGAUGGUGGUCUUCCCUCUCCUCUACCCAGAAGUCUUUGAAAGGUUCAAGAUACAGCCACCCAGGGGUUGUCUAUUUUAUGGUCCCCCAGGCACAGGGAAAACCCUUGUAGCCAGAGCAUUGGCUAACGAGUGCAGUCAGGGGGAAAGACAGGUGUCGUUUUUCAUGAGAAAAGGAGCUGACUGUCUCAGUAAGUGGGUGGGAGAAUCUGAGAGACAGCUACGCCUGCUGUUUGACCAGGCGUACCAAAUGCGUCCUUCCAUCAUCUUCUUCGAUGAGAUUGAUGGUUUGGCUCCAGUCAGGUCCAGCCGUCAGGACCAGAUCCACAGUUCCAUUGUGUCGACCCUCCUUGCUCUUAUGGACGGAUUAGAUGGUAGAGGAGAGAUUGUUGUGAUAGGAGCCACAAACAGACUGGACUCCAUUGACCCAGCUCUGAGAAGACCAGGACGCUUUGACAGAGAGUUCCUCUUCGGACUGCCUGACAGAGAGGCUAGAAAGGACAUUCUGAAGAUCCACACCAGACAGUGGACACCUCCACCCUCUGACACUUUUCUGGAGGAAUUGGCAGAUAAAUGUGUUGGUUAUUGUGGAGCAGACAUCAAGGCAGUGUGUUCAGAGGCUGCCCUGUGUGCCCUGCGGCGUCGCUACCCACAAAUCUACACCUCAUCACAGAAACUUGUACUUGAUGUCAACUCCAUUGCCAUCAUGAACAAAGACUUUAUGUCCGCCAUGUCCAAGAUGGUGCCAGCUGCCCAGAGAGCAGUAGUGUCACCAGCCAAGGCCCUGAUUCCUGCCAUCCGUCCUCUGUUGAGCGCCGCCCUGCAGAACAUCCUCAACGCAGUCAGCCGAGUGUUCCCACAUGCUGAGCAGGGGUUAAAGAGGAAGAGAGAACAAGAUGUGGCCUGUGGUGUGUCUGAGGAUGACCUGAUGUUCAGUGAGGAUGAUGACUCGGAGAUCUGCUCCAACGGACAGACGCUUCACUCUCAACUCAAGACACCUGCUAACGGACUCCUCAACCUCAGUAGGAGUGUGCUGAGCCAGCCAACAUCCUACCGUCCCAGACUGCUACUGGAGGGCAGACCAGGCUCGGGUCAGAGCUCCCACUUGGCUCCUGCUGUCCUCCAUGCUCUGGAGAAAUUCACUGUGUACACCCUGGACAUGGCCGUGCUGUUUGGAGCCAGUGCAACUGCACCAGAAGAGACUUGUGCUCAGAUUUUUGUUGAAGCCAAGCGGACCUCUCCCAGUAUCCUGUACAUCCCUCACAUCGGACAGUGGUGGGAAACAGUGGGUCCUGCCUUAAGAGUGACCUUCCUGAGCCUGCUUUCCUCGAUCCCUGCCUUCUCUCCUAUACUGCUACUGGCCACCUGCAACCUGCGAUAUGACCAACUCAGUAUGGAGGUUCAGGAGUUGUUUCGGGUGGAGUACGGGGAGGUUUUCCAUGUCCAGGUCCCCACCAACAGAGAAAGAAGAAACUUCUUUGAGGACCUGAUCCUUAACCAGGCUGCCAAGGCCCCUCCCUCAAAAAAGAAAGCUGUGCUCCAUUCAUUGGAGAUGCUCCCUGUUGCCCCUCCACCUCCUCCACGUCAGCUGACAGAAGAGGAGACCCAAAAAUUGGAGGAGCAGGAGGAAGACACCCUCAGGGAGCUCCGCCUCUUCCUGCGUGAUGUCACCAACCGACUGUCCCAAGAUAAACGCUUCAAGGCUUUUACAAAGCCUGUGGAUUUAGAUGAGGUUCCAGAUUAUGCUGAGGUGAUCAAAAAGCCUAUGGACCUGUCAACAGUUCUCUCUAAGAUAGAUCUCCAUCAGUAUGGGACAGUGAAAGAGUUCCUCCAAGAUGUGGAUCUCAUCUGGCAGAAUGCCCUUGAAUACAACCCAGACAGGGACCCCUCAGACCGUCAAAUUCGCCACAGAGCAUGUGCAUUGAAGGACACUGUCCAUGCCAUCAUUAGAGAUGAACUGGAUGAAGAUUUUGAGAAGAUUUGUGAAGAGAUCAAAGCAUCACGCAGCACAAGAGGUUGCUCCUAUGCCCGGUUUGCUCCCUCCUUUUACCACGUCCUUCCCAAACAGCCCAAACCUCCUGCCGAGGCCAAGAUCACUGACAUGAACCCACAAAGAGAUCCAUCUGGAGCCACAGCUGCCGUUACCCCUAAUACAGGUGCCUCUACUGUUACAACACCUAAAAACACAGCACAGAGGAAGAAAAGACGGAAGAGUCGCUGGUCCACUGGCUUCUAUGCAAAGAAGAGGUCUUCCUCCUCUCCUCAUGUGUCCAGAGAUGACGCACAGUUAGGAUCUGAUGAGGAUGAGGAGGAUGGAGAUGAUGAGGAGGAGGUUGAGAAGGAAGCAGGAGCAGAGCAUGAUGAGGUGACUGGAGGAGAUGAGGAUCAGAUGGUGGCUGAUGUAGAGUCAGGGCCUGCAGAAGCUCAUGAAGGCAGAUCAGGGCCCACUGCAAGGGAACAGGACUGCCAGGAGGAGAAGGGAAUAGAAGAGAGGAGUCAAGCUGCUGAAGACAAGGCUAUCCUGUGUGAAAGCGAAAAAACAAAACAUGACGAUCACACACAGAAUGAAAACAAAAAAGUGGACAAUGCCGUAACAGAUGACCCAGGACAGUCAGAAGAAAACAAAAAGGCGAUGACAGAAGGAGGAAAUGAGAACACUGAAACCAUUUCAUCAAACACUAACAAGCACAGCCACACUGAGACACAGGAAAAUACCCAGGGACAAUCCAGCACAGCGGUGAGCGGUGAAAGUAACAACCAAAAACUGACAGAAACUGAGACUGACAAAAUACAAACCAUAAGACAGGCAGAUGAAAGGAACAACAAAGUAUCCACACAACAGGAGGCAAAGCUGAACAGCCAUGCUGGGCCAAUGGAGGAGGAAGCAACUGAAACCUCAACCACAGAUGCAUCUGCUGCUGUCAGAGAAGAGGAGGACACGAACACAGAGAGGAGCGUGAGGCGAAUGACUCGGGCUCUAAAGAACGCUGUGCUGCAGCAGCAGAUGAUCGAUGUGGACAAAGCUCUGCAGAUCCUGGACCAGGAAAUUCCUCCUCUGGCAGUUGACAGAGAAAAAUUAAAGGAGCUGUUGGAGAGAGUAGUGACCAAGACUGAUGGCUACGAGGUGUACAAGCUGGAGAAACUCUACGCACUGCUCUGCCAGAGCAUAUAUAGACACAGACGAGACUUCAACAAAACAGCACUAAUACAGGAAUUGGAACAGGAGAUCGAAGACUUCUAUUGACCCUUCUGCAACAACAAUGUGGCCAUUUUUAAUAAUCAUGCUCAUCAUCCUCUCAGCUGUGUAAAUAUACAAACAUUGGCUCUAUUUUCAUAGAAAUCUGCAGGCACCUCUAUUUGUGCUUUAGCUAAAACUUUGUAACCUCUUUUGUUUAUAUUUAAUUAA